AACAUGGGCGCAUUCAAAUUUUCACUGUUGACUGUUGUGCUUGUGUCGGUUUUCGGUUGGUAGACAAAAGGAAUUCUUUAUCGUAUUAGCGAAUCUGGUAUAGUUGGGAAAUGGCACAGAAUAUAAACCCGUUCUACUCGUCUCAAAGUACGCCUAACAAAGCUAAGGAGGAGAAGCAGAACGUCCCAAAAGACAACCAUGCAGUGAGCAAAAGGCUUCAAAAGGAACUCCUAGUCCUGAUGACCAGUACUGAAAAAAGUGUAUCUGCCUUUCCAGACGGUGAAAACCUCUUCAAGUGGAUCGGAACCAUAACCGGCCCUCGAGACACGGUAUAUGUGGGGCUGACAUACAAGCUAACACUGGAGUUCCCGCAUAGUUACCCGUACAGUGCUCCGGUGGUGCGCUUUGCCACCCCUUGCUUUCAUCCAAACGUCGAUUCAGCCGGUAACAUCUGCCUGGAUAUAUUGAAAGACAAAUGGAGUGCAUUGUAUGAUGUUCGUACCAUACUUCUAUCUAUACAGUCCUUGCUAGGGGAGCCGAACAACGAAAGUCCACUGAACCCUCAGGCCGCUGAAUUGUGGCCGAAUCAAACGGAGUACAAGAAACAUUUACACGAAGAAUACCGUAAAGCUCCCAGUCAUGCCAAUCAGGAUUCAUGAUAAGCCUACUCUUCCAUACUCCUCUAUCCCUCUAUUACCAUUAUCGUAAUUCUCAGUACAGUCAAAAUACACGUACAUUUGAGAUGUGCGAGAAACACGCAUUAUUAUGACGAAUAUGUACCUAUGAACUUUUUUUUUGUUUUCGUUACCCCAACUUUACUUUAGUAGACAUACAUACGAAUGUUGAUCACGUUUUUGACGUUAUAAUAAAAUUGUAAUAUGUAAUCGAAAUCUCUUCAAAGAACAAAUUAAUACUUUGUGAUUGCUAAUCAUUCAUACCUCUACGAGGUUUAUAAUAAUAUAGUGCGAGUUACUUUCGCGUAAAGUGAGCAUGUAUACAAAUUCAUUUAUAUAGGGGACUGAUCUCAAAUACACGCCGUCUACAUUCAUAAUUUUAUUAUUUGUUUGAUUUUGAAUGAAAACAAACGUUUAUUUAUUUUAUAUAUGUAAUAAUAAAUAUAAAUAUCUGAUAUCUUGGUACAACAAGGCGCUGACGUAUAGAUUUGUGGAUCGUUUUCAAUUGGUUUAUUAUUGUGUAAUGCUAAAAUAAAUAUUUUAAAACCAUGCA